CCGCACGCGCCCGCCCCGCACCCCCCGCACCCGCAGCACCCCCUGCACCCCCCACACCCUCCACACCCCCCACACCCGCCGCCGCCGCCCAGCUACCAGCCGGCGCGGCUGGACCACAUCAAGACACAAAUACUCACCAAGCUGGGUCUGUCAGCGCCGCCGUCACCGCUGGGGGCGCCCCCGCGUGACGUCGUGCGACAGAUCCUGGCGCGCGCGGCGGACCCCCACCCAGAGGCGGAGCCAGACCAGCACGCCAUGCGGGAGAUCAUAGCGAUAGCACAUAGAGGUCUACAGAGGCGUAACAAAGGCCACGGUAGCACGUCGCAUCUUAAACAAAAGCUCGGUGAUAAGAAAAAGGUGCUGGCCACGCAACGUCGGGAUCAUCAAAUGCAAGAAAAACAAUAAUAAUAAUAAUAUUAAUA